UCUUCCGCUGUCCCAAGAUGCUUCAGUGCAAGCACACGUUCUGCCUCGAGUGCCUGGCUCGCAUCAACGUCAAGGCAGCUCAGCCCAACGCCAUCCAGUGCCCGCUGUGCCGCGGCUUCACGCCCCUCCCCGACCUCGGCCUGCCCAAGCUGACCACCGACUCGGAUGUGCUGUCUUACCUGCCGGCCGCCAUGCAGCGAGUCUACAGCAUCCGCUUCCUCCGAAACAAAGGGAAGCUGCAGGUGAAAAGGGCGGCUGACAAUCAUCGCCGUUGGGGUCAGAGGUCAGUGAACCGCUCUCUGGACGUGGGGCUUCCCAGCCCUCCUGCUGUGGAGCGCAGCGGCGAGCAGUCGGGCGGGCUCGUUGAAGCUCUGUUCAGACUGACGGGUCGGCCCGUGUGCCGAGCCUUCCUCCUGACGUCGGUGUUGAUGAUGAUGGGGCUGCUGACUGGCAUCAUCAUCUUCCUCUUAACCAUGCAAAAAGUCAAGGAGUGACAUCACUUCCUGUCUUUCUCCAACUGAAGGUAGGGUCUGAAUCCAUUUAACGAGCAACAUCUGUUUCACUGCUGCGGCUUAAAGACAAGAACAGAUCCAGAUGUGAAAUAAAAACCAGCGUUCAGGCUUUAAACUCUGUGACAUCAGACAUGGAGAGGAAGAGCCGCUCUGAAAUCAACACUCUGAGAAUCACGAUGACUUUAACCUGCUUCAUGACAUCUAACUCAAAGAUACAAACACGUCGUGUCGAGGUUUGAAAAUAUGAACUUUGAACUUGUUUUUUAUCCCUUCAAAUUGAGAUUUCAGACAGGGACAAAGUAUCCUGAAAACUGAGAAGAAAUGGACUUUAAAAUUCUCUGCAGGUCUCAUCUUGAACUCAAAGCCUCAAAUGAUCAGCGAGCGGUUGACAGCAGAGCUUCCUGUUCAGUUUUAUUGUUCAGAGUGAGAGCAGUGGACAUAACAGCACUUACAAUUCUUCCUAAAUGUUCUUUAAUUUCCUGCAGGUCCUUCUUAGUUCUGACAGCUUUCAGCACAAAACUAAUCAGUCAGAGGUUACAUUUUAAAUUCAGUGAUGUUCAUGUUUCUGUAAAAAAAAAAAAAAAAA